UGUUCUACAGACCUCAGAAGCCAUUUUGAGAUGAUGUCCCUGUUGAGAAACCCUAGGAAGAUGCUGAAAUCAACGAAAAUGGUUACAUUUCUGUCUGUUUCUCCCUCCGUCUCCUCUAUUUCACCAUGGCAGCUGUCAACCGACGGGACAUUAGCAAAGCGGGGUAUCAAGCUGUGCUCACUGAGUUAAAACGUCACUGAAAUGAAAGAGGAGAGUGUCUGUUUACUGUCUCUGUCGAGACAUGUAACACCGUGAGUUUUUUCCAGUCUGAAAUCUUCCAGCAUCUCUCACAACCCAACGUCUCCUUGAGUGAUUGAGUAAUUCACUCUUGUACCGGAGAAGGGAGGCAGAUCCGUUUUCCAAUGGCUUCUGUGAGCCUUGUUUCCAGUCCCCCAGCCCCUGUUCUUGACAAAAACAUGACAGACUCUGAGCUUGCAGGGGAUGAAAGAGAGGAUGGCGAAUUGGAAGAUGGAGAAAUAGAUGAUGAAGGGAUUGGGAUUGAAGAGGAAAACAAAGAUGCUAAGGAGGUGAACGAAGACAAAGAAAAGGAGAAAGAGAAGGAAAAGGAGAGAGAGAAGGACAAAGGCAAAGAGAAAGAGGAGAAGACUCACAGGCACUCCAGGAAAAGAUACAAAAAGACGAGAGAGAAGAGGAGGUCCAAAAGGAGGAGACGUGACAGACCGAAACACCACUCACCAUCCAGCAGCUCCAGCUCUGACAGCUACGACUCUGACUACGACCGCCCAGAAAGGCCCAAAAGCAGGAAGAGCCAGGGAUCCAGCCGAGAGCUGGAUGGCCAGUCAUCCCUGCAUGGACGGGAUUCCAAGGGUGGCCACAGCAAUUCGCAGAAGUCUCCACAACACAAGAGUGGCGACUUUGACAAAUACAGCGACUACAGUGAUGACAAGUAUGACUAUGAAGGAGAGGAGGAUGACUACACAGAUGACAUGUCAGAGUAUCAGCAGUCGAAAGAUUCGACCCCACCGUGUCAGGGCAAGGGACGCCACGCCAAGGAGCAGAUGAAGAGAGCCAAUAUGAGGGGGAUGCAGAAACAGCAGUUUGGUCAGAGGGGGCGGGGCAGAGGGAGCGGACCUGGCAGAGGACGUGGGAUGCUCAACAAGAACAAGAAACUAAAGGGCAAGAGCUGGGGCGGACGUGGACGAGGCCGGGGCGGAGACCAGGCCAUGGAGGACAUAACACCUGAAGGAAAAAAUUCUUCUGGUUUUCAGAAGAAACGCCCAAUAAUGAGCAAGGAGUUUAUCAAUCAACACACUGUUGAACACAAUGGUAGAUACAUCUGCAAAUACUUCCUUGAGGGUCGAUGCAUCAAGGGGGAACAGUGUAAGUUUGAACAUGAGCUUGUUGUACCAGACAAGAAAAAGGAACUUUGUAAAUUCUACCUCCAAGGAUACUGCAGUAAAGGAGAUAAUUGCAUUUAUAUGCACAAUGAAUAUCCCUGCAAGUUCUUUCAUACAGGAGCCAAAUGUUAUCAGGGGGACAACUGCAAAUUCUCCCACGAGGCUUUGACUGAUGUGACAAAAGAGUUGCUUGAUAAGAUAAUAAACACCGAGGAGGAGAACGCCCAUGAAGAUGAAUUGGAACUCGAGGACCUGAGGAAGCAGGGCAUCUCCCCACUCCCAAAGCCACCUCCUGGUGUUGGUUUGCUGCCAACCCCUGGUCACAGCAGCCCUCCAGACGCAGCCUCUGCCCAAGCAGGGAAAAAGAUCCCCUCUCUUUUUGAAAUAAAGGUUCAGCCUACGGUAGACCUGGCACAAAAAAUUGGUCUGAGUGGAUCCAGUUUCACUUCUGGAGCCCAGAGUCAGGGGGAAGGCACCAACCAAUUCAGUGGAGGCUCAGAGGACACACAAAGUGGAACUAUGAUGCCCUCAGGCACCACUGCUCCCCCUGUUCCUCCCCCUGGGUCACCUGGUCCUAUGGGUCACCCUACAGGACCACCCAUGCCACAGAGUCCCCCAGGACAGCUCCCACCACAUGGAUUUCCAAUGCCGCCCCCUCCCGGACAACCCCCACCCUUCCAUGGGAACCGACCCAGUAUGAACCCUCAGAUGAACAUGCAGAGGCCUCCAUUCCCUCCUAUGCCUGAUUUACAGAUGCUGCAGAGCCUUUUCCCAUUUCCAUCUUUAGGUCAGAACCCAGUAGAAUUCUUCAGCAAUUUCCUCAGAAACCAGGCAAUGGGACAAGGAGUAGACCCCAGCCUGGCCUUCAUACAGAACCUCCAGCAGCAGAUGGGUGCUGAGUCGCAGGUGCAGUCUUUACCACCAGCAGUGCAGAAAGCUCUCUUUUUACACCUGGCUCAGCAGCAGCAACAGCCCCAGACACAGGGGAGUGAGCCACAGAGAGUGGAGGGCCAGGAUGAUAACAGUGCAAGCAGAGAUGAAACUACAAACUGGUACUCAAGCGAUGAGGAGGAUGGGAACUGUGUUUCAUCUAUCCUGAAAUCUUUAAAGAAGCAGAAUGAGAUGCACCAGGGACAGCUUUCCCAGCCUCAGCCUGGCUCUGCACCUGCAGCGGUCGGUGACCCUCGACUCAUGAAGGAGAGGGCUCCACCCAAUGACCCACGCAUGAAGACAGAUCCACGCCAGCGACCUGCAGAUGUGAAAAAGGAUGCAGAUGUAGCUGUGGAUCCUCGGCUCACCAGGGACCCCAGAAAGGUAAGACCUGUGGAUCCAAGCUCCUAUCGCCAGCAAACCCACCCAGUUUCUCACAAGCCUCCCACUGGAGAGGAUGAUGAGGAAGGAGAGAGGGAGCUAAGGGACAGAGCUGCUCUUAUCCCUCUGGAUGCCAGCCCUGGUGUGGUGCUGCGGGACCCCCGUUGCCAGCUAAAGCAGUUCAGCCACAUCCGGGUGGACAUUUUACUCCAACGGCCAGCCUUUGCUCAAACAGUGGUUUGGGCCCCUGAGGACCUCAUCCCCUCCUUGGUCCCCAAACAGGAACACUCCAUCAAUCUGCCCCUCCCACCGCUAAUUGCUGACGCUCAGAUGAACCGCACCAGUCUGCCUGACCAUCCCCAUGUCACCACCCCUCCACCCAUGGACCCCCGCCUGGCAGCUGCCCGUCUGAAGGAAGGUGUGGGUCGAAUACCCUCCAGGACUCUGGAGUCUCGAUCCUCCACGGAAAGACCUCUAGAUCCACGGCAGCAUAAGGCUCUGGACCCCAGAAUCAAACGAACAGGAAGUCUAGACUCUAAAGUGCUCACGCAGAAGGAGACCUCUUCGGGAGGAGUCGCUGACCCCAGGCUACAGAGAGCCAGCGCUGGCUCCUCCCCUCAUACUGUUCGAAACAAGCCUGAACCUGAGAGGCUUCCUCCUUAUGCCCCUCGCCUGGCUUCCUCUGGUGGUGGGCUGGAGAGUCCCACUACAAUUCUGGGGGGUAUCAGCCUUUAUGAUCCCCGUACUCAGACUGAGCAAGCUCAGAAGGACCAGACAGAGCCCCCUAAAAAGACAGGCAUUUUGAAACACCCCAAGAAAGACAGUUCUCCACCAUCAUCACUCUCACCGACUCAGCGAAGAGGCUCAUUAGAGGAGGCUAAAAGUGCAGACAGUGCCUCAGAUAGCUCCCCCCAUCAAUCUCCAAGCACCACUACUCCCACAGUGCCUCCUGCCUCACCAAUCAAACCCCCAGCAGUACAUAACCUUCCCAUCCAGGCACUGGCUGGGCUGAUCCGACCCCAGUACACUGACCCUAGGCAGGCUAAACAAGGAGGACAAGGCAGCUCUGCAGGGCUGCAAGAGGAGGGAGAGGAAAAGAAGGAGCAGGAGAAGGAGGAAGCUGCAGAGGAGGAACCAGAACAGAAGGAACCUGAGGAGGAGGCAGAUGACAGGACAUUAAAGGAUGUGUUCAAGACGUUUGAUCCCACUGCCUCCCCUUUCUGUCAGUAAACACGCCAGAGUGGAACUAUAAAAAAGUUGUAUAUAAUUUGUACAUUGAUAAAAACAUGUCUACGAAUCUUUAUUUAGCUUUACAGAAAUCUAUUUAUUUCUGUAUAUAAAACUGUAUAUUAAAUUAACCUCAGCAGAAUUACAUACUAUCCAGCACAUGACACAUUUGUAUCACUGCACACUGCUGUUGGAUUGGCAGUACGGAGUUGCUGGAUAUAUGCACAGACACAGUGUAUAGUUCCUGUCAACAUUAUGAUAUUAAUGCAGAUAUGUGUUUUGAAAGUGUUGAGCCCUUUGUUGUUAUUUCCAUAAAUGUAUAGUAUGGACUAAAGAAUUGCUAAAUUUGAAUGAUCAAAUAAGCUUUUCAGUGUGGCUUGACUCGGAUGUUAUUCACUAAACUCUGAGUCAGUUCCAGGCAUUAACAAAUCACUGAUUUGAUAUUCAGAGAAAUACUGCUUAUUAUAUACAUUGGAAAAAUUAGAAUUCCCUUGAGAAUGUUGUAUCAAAAUAUUUAUUUGAAGACACUUUUUAUUAUGAGUUUUUUUGUGUUAAUGCUCAGUUUUGUGAUAACGGAUUUCACGUGGUUUAAAGGAAGUUUUGAACAUUUACAUUUUUUACCUCACACCCCCUGAUAUGAGUUCAUGAUUUGUCAGCCUCUGACAUACACUGCCCAGAAAAUCAAUAGAGAAUUCCAGCAGUUACAGCUGUUACUGUAUUCUUCACAUUAUUAUUUAGGUAUUAUUAAUGCUUGUCAGAAGGGCAACUUUCUGCAUACGUUGAUAUUGCUAAAACAAAACAAAACUGUUUUGAUUAGGUCCUGAAAUGCCUAUAACAUUGGGAAUAGCUUUUUUCCAUUCAAAUGAUGCUACAAUUCAAAUUGCUUGUGGAAUUGUUUCACUGCAGUUGUUUUUACCAGGCUCAUUUCAAGUUCUCUGCUUAUCUGACAAGGUUUUCUAACAUUACUUUUUAUUUUGAUUUAGAUUUUGUACAUGGAUUGUCAUAAGGUGCACUGCAUGUAAACAGCUGCAGUUAAGUCGUAAGGAGUUGUUAUCUGACAUUUUAUUUUUUGUUGUUAUAUUUUCAUUUGCUAAGACACACUGCUGGCAAGCAUGUAAUUAGCACUAAUUAGUUUCCACUUGUCCAACUGCAAAACCUGAAACAUGAAAAUGGCUUCUUACACAGUCACAUUGCCAUAGUUGGUGUAUGUGUUACAAGUAUGACUUUUCAGGCUGUCUUCAAUAUUUGAUUUGUUGGAGCGGUUUAUUUUGGCAGGUGACUUGUCAUACAGGGUAAUGUGUGCUACAAAGGGUAAAUGUUCUAGACCCACUAAGUUUAGAUUUUGCGUAGACAGUUUGCUUCGUUUGGCCAUUUUGGUGUUUGUCAAAGUGUGGUGCUACCCUUGUUUUUAAGAGAGGCUAAGCUAUAUACUUUUUUAUUGUGCUCAUAAGUCAUAUUUUAAAUGCUUAUUUCAUGUAUAAAGUGUGUUUUUGAAUGUUGUAAAUGAUUAUUUUAUCCUUUAUUUGUCAUUACGGUGGUUAUACAGUAGUUGCCAGAUACUGUACAAGACAUUUAAUGAACUCUAAUAUGCCCAUCACAUUUUAGUGGCUUUAUCAGUAUCUUAAAUAAAAAGAGAUCAAAUAUCAAACA